AAAUCCUAAGUUUACAAAACUUCCGCUUCCGGAUGGGGGCAGAUACCGAAAUUUAUGAAAUCAGAUGAAUUUUACUGAUAUAUUUUUCUUUAUGUUCAUGUCAUGUCUUGACAAAAGUGUUAUUUAAAUAUCACACAUUUCCCCAUUACGUAUUGAAGUCAUCUCGAAUCUUCUUUUGGAAAAAAUGUCGAUAAUCCAAGUAACCGGCAGCAGUGGUAGGAUAGCAGUUGAUCGCACACCAUUCUACGGAACAAGAGUACCACCAGAGAUAAAGAAAAUAUCAAAACCACUGGCUAAACUCGACAAACAGACUUUCAGAAAAAUGCUCCAGUUGAUAGUAAAUUCAUUGGAAGGGAAGGAUGUAGAAUUUUCUCAACUUAAAGAGUUGGAGACAUCUGACUUCAAUGAAGAAUUACUGAGUAUCAUAUACACAGGGAUGAUCCAGUUGUUAAAACUAGCAAUGAGAUUACCACUUGUAUCUCUUAAACCAGAGAUGUUUAAAGAUGAUUUAGUUGAACUACAAAUACCAGAAACAUACCAUGAAGACUUAUCCAGUGUUAUUUUUGGAUCAAGACGACCACACAUAGAUACCUAUGCCUUGGAGAGCAGACCAAGAUUGCCCAGACUUGAUUCAUUGAAGUGGAGAGCAGAUGUUGCAAUAUCUACAAGUGUAUUAAACAGAGCAUUAGAACCAACAGUACUCAUGGAAAUGACUUUAAGUAAUGGCAACAUUCAUAAAUUUGAGGUACCAACAUCAAAGUUUCAUGAACUUAGAUACAAUGUGGCAUUUGUUCUGAAAGAAAUGGAGGACAUUGAACAAAGAAAUAUUUUAAAAAUUCAAGAUUAACAAACCAGUGUAUGCCAUGAUAUACUGUUGUGUAAUACUCAGGAUCAAGAAUGUCUAUUGCAAUUAACUGGAAACAUUCAUGUUUUUAAUAUUUUAUAGAUUUUAACCCUGUCAAACUGUUUUUUGACAGGUAAAGAUGUCUAUUUUAAUGUGACCAAAUUGACAAAAGCUUAAAGUGCACUAAAAUUGAAAAUAUUUAAUGAUUACCCUAUAUAUUGCUGAAUGAUCUUUAAAAAGUUUUGAAAUUUGAAAUUAUUUUUAAUCAUUUAAAAGCAGAAUUGAGACUUGGGAACAUUCUAGUGAGAGUGUCAGAGGUUUCCACAGUUGUGAUAUGGUUAGGUUAAGAAGAACCGCUAAUGGUAAGACGAGGGACUUCUGACAUGUACACUUUUAAUUACGUGUUAAAACAUACGAUUAGGUUAGUUUAAGGGGAACCACUAAUGGUAAAUCUAUGAUAUUUGUAAUGCAGUUAUAUUAGCAUUGGCACAUCUCAGUUCAAUAGAGAUUACUUAUUCUUACUUCUCCAAAGAUGGUUCAACUACUUUGAAAAUUCUGCAUUGCAAUUAUAUCUGAUUUGGUCAGUUUAAGCGGAACCACCUAUGGUUUGUAAAUGAUAUUUUGUAUGCAGCUGCACAUCGAAUUUCUUUGCAGAUUAGGUUGCCCUGCCACCUAAAUUACAUGUACUGUAUUUUAGAUGUUCGUCCUUCAUUUUGACGAUUGAAGAGAUUGCCAUACAGCGUUUCCAUUUAAAUUUCAACGUUUGCAUUAUACAUUCGUAGAAUCAAAAUUACACAUGGGUGAGACAUAUAUAUCUUUUGCAAUAUUGUAAUAAUCUUUAUUCUUUCUUUUUUUGAUCAUGCUGUCAUUAUUUGAACCUUUAUUGUAUAAAUGAUUUUAUUAUUUGAACCUUCAUCAUGUAUACAUGAUUUUGUGCACUAAUAUUCAUAGAAACACUUCAGUGUAGACAAUACUUAAGCAAUAAAUAAUGAAAUAAU